UCAAAGUGUGCACGUGUGUGCAUAUAAACACACUUGUGCAAAGGCUGGCUACACACACUAUAUGUGUAUGUGAGAUGUGGAGAAGCUAAGUGACUACCACAACUUCCAAGAUCAGACAGCCUCCUGUGCUGCAAGAUGGAUUAGAGCCCCACACACAGGAGAUCAAAGGUGGCUGUGACAGGGGCACACCUGGGGCAGGACCCAUGAGGAGUCAUAGAAGAUGCUCACAGCCUGGGCGCUUCUGCUCUUGUUAGCCAUGUGGGUGAGAAGCACCUCCGGUGGUCCGCUCUCCUUUCGAAUAGCUGCCAUCCUUGAUGAUCCUAUGGAGUGCAGCAGAGGAGAACGCCUGGCCAUCACCCUGGCCAAAGAAAAUAUCAACAGAAGCAGCAACCGCUCCACCACUGGUAAACUGGAGGUGGACAUCUUUGAACUGCUGAGAGACAGUGAAUAUGAGAUGGGGGAAACAAUGUGCCAGAUUAUGUCUAAAGGGGUGGUAGCAGUCCUCGGUCCAUCUGCCAGCCCGGCUUCCAACUCCAUCAUCAGCAAUAUUUGUGGAGAGAAGGAGGUGCCCUAUGUCAAAGUGGCUCCAGAGGAUAUUCUGAAGGUUCAGUUCCCAAGAUUCACCACUUUGGACCUAAGACCAACCAACACAGACAUCAGUUUGGCAGUAGCCGGCCUUCUCACCUUCUUUAACAGCACCACAGCCUGCCUCAUCUGUGCCCAGGCCGACUGCUUGUUGAACCUGGAGCAGCUCCUCAGGCAGUUCCUCAUCUCCAAGGAGACUCUGAGCGUGCGCAUGCUUGAUGACAGCCAGGACCCGACCCCACUCCUGAAAGAGAUUCGAGAUGACAAGACUGCAACUAUCAUUGUUGAUGCCAAUGCCACAAUGUCACAUAUCAUUUUAGAACGGGCUUCAGAACUGGGAAUGCUGUCAGUCUACUACACUUACAUCUUCACCUCUCUGGAAUUCUCUUUACUGCGACUGGAUGAUGUGGCAGACCAGCGAGUGAACAUUGUCGGUUUUUCCGUCUUCAACAAAACACAUCCAUUUUUCCAGGAUUUUGUGCUCAGCCUCAACCGUUCCUGGCAAGAAAACUGUGACCAUGCACCGUUCGCUGGCACCCCACUCUCAUCAGCUCUGCUCUUUGAUGCGGUAUACGCGGUGGUGGCAGCAGUCCAAGAGCUGAAUCGUAGCCAGAAUGUUGGCGCAACUCAGCUCUCCUGCAAGUCCUCUAAGAUUUGGGAGCACGGCACCAGCCUCAUGAACUAUCUGAGGAUGGUAGAGUUGGAAGGUCUAACAGGCCACAUUGAAUUUAACAGCAAAGGACAGCGAUCUAACUACGCCCUGAGGAUCAUGCAGAACAGCAAGGAUGGCCUAAGGCAGAUUGGCCUGUGGCACUCUGAAGAUGGUCUGUCCAUGGAGAGAAAGCUUCCAUCAAUCAAUGUGACAGACACACUUUUCAACACUACUCUUAUAAUCACAACAAUAUUGGAGAAUCCGUAUGUGAUGCUGCGGCCAAACCACCAAGAGCUUGAGGGAAAUGACCGCUAUGAAGGCUUCUGUGUGGACAUGCUAAAGGAGCUGGCAGACAUUCUCAAGUUUAAGUAUCGUAUCCGACUGGUCGGGGAUGGAGUAUAUGGGGUCCCGGGAGCUAAUGGAACAUGGACCGGCAUGGUCGGAGAGCUCAUCUCAAGGAAAGCUGACCUGGCAGUCGCAGGCCUGACCAUCACAGCAGAGCGAGAAAAGGUGAUCGACUUCUCCAAGCCGUUCAUGACCCUUGGUAUCAGCAUCAUGUACCGCGUCCACAUUGGACGUAGGCCAGGCUACUUCUCCUUUCUGGAUCCUUUCUCCCCAGGCGUCUGGCUCUUCAUGCUCCUGGCCUACUUGGCUGUCAGCUGCGUCCUCUUUCUGGUGGCCAGACUGACACCUUACGAGUGGUACAAUCCACACCCUUGUCUAAAGGGAAGAUGUAACCUGUUGAUCAACCAGUACUCACUUGGCAACAGUUUCUGGUUCCCUGUUGGAGGCUUCAUGCAGCAAGGAUCCACAAUCGCUCCUAGAGCUCUGUCCACACGUUGUGUGAGCGGAGUGUGGUGGGCCUUUACAUUAAUCAUCAUCUCUUCGUACACCGCCAACCUGGCUGCUUUCCUAACAGUACAGAGGAUGGAGGUGCCAAUAGAGUCAGUGGAUGACCUGGCAGAUCAGACGGCAAUAGAGUACGGCACCAUGCACGGAGGAUCCACAAUGACCUUUUUUCAGAACUCUCGCUACCAGACCUACCAGCGAAUGUGGAACUUCAUGCACUCAAAGCAGCCCAGUGUGUUUGUGAAGAGCACAGAGGAAGGGAUAGCGCGUGUCCUCAACGCUAACUACGCCUACUUGUUGGAGAGCACCAUGAAUGAGUACUACCGCCAGAGGAACUGCAACUUGACUCAGAUCGGAGGGCUCCUGGACACCAAGGGUUAUGGCAUCGGCAUGCCACUGGGCUCAGUGUAUCGUGAUGAGUUUGACCUCACCAUCCUCAAACUGCAGGAGGACAACCGUUUGGAGAUCCUCAAGAGAAAGUGGUGGGAUGGUGGCAAGUGUCCAAAGGAAGAGGACCACCGUGCCAAAGGUCUGGGUAUGGAGAACAUCGGGGGUAUCUUCGUUGUGCUAGUGUGUGGACUCCUGGUGGCUAUCUUCAUGGCCGUGCUGGAGUUUGUCUGGAUGUUAAAACAGACGCCAGGAAAUGAGCAGUCAGUGUGUGAGGAGAUGCUGCGAGAGCUCCAGGGGAUCGUGUUGUGCCGCGACAGCCUUCAGGUGAGGCGUCGGCGAGCAGCAUCCAUGCUUCGGCCGCGGCCUUUGCCCUUGGAGGACCGCCGGGCACGAGCCGCCGCCGUCAGCCUUAGCAACGGCAAACUGUGCGGGGGCAUCGGACUCCCUGAGCCCCUCUCCCACAGACUGGCACAGGAAGCUGCCCUGGUGGCAAAGGGAUGCAGCCACAUCCGGAUUUGUCCUGAAUGCAGACGCUUCCAAGGACUAAGGAUGCGUCCUUCAGGAGCUACUGGGGCUCUUCCUUCUCCCACACACAGUGAGGAGAGCAUAGAGUGGGACAAGACCACAAAUAGCAGUGAACCUGAAUAAUGCUCAGGAAAUCCAGCAGGGCUGACUUUUCCAGCAGCCACCUCCCUUGUUCAGAGGAAUCAAAGACCAUGUGGUGUUUAGGUUCAGCCAUUCAGAGCUUGUUCUUGAAAAGUAGGACAAUGCUUUGUGUUUUUGGCUUUGUUUUGCCCUAGAGGCAACAGCUUACAGUCAGUUUUUGGAAUCUCCUCGGGUGAUUUUUUUUUUUUUUUUUCCUUGGUCAGAGGAAAAACUGAUGACUCUGUCUUGUUGUGGUCUGUCCCUGUUGGCUCUUUGUACCCUAUACAACAGGACGAACAAAAACAGCUAAGGGGCAUUUGUACUAUGCAGUAUUUUCAGUCAUUUAUCAUUGUGCCGUUUUUUUUUUUUAGUUUUUUGUUUGUUUGUUUUUUUUUU